AUGGCAGAACGCGGCGUUGUACCCGCACAUGGAGAUGAGCAUAUAAAUGAAGAAACCUUUGCGCAGUACAAUGCCCCGAAACACACCGAGCUCAUGUCUGGCAUACGGAUGCCGGAGGUUGACAUGACAAGAUUCGAGCUCACUCCCGCUACUAUCCAAAUGUUGAGCGCCAUGGCCUUCCGGGGUAGGCCAAACGAAGAUCCCAACGCACACCUCACGAGGUUCAAGAUGAUGUGCCGGUCCAUCAAGAGAGCCGAUCAGGUAACCGAAGAUGCAAUCCGCCUGAUCGCUUUCCCGUGGACGUUGAUCGAUGCAGCGCUCGACUGGCUCUAUGAACUCGAACCAGAUUCCAUUCAUACAUGGGACCAACUAGAGAGUCAGUUCAUGCAACGCUUCUUCUCCCCACAUCGCACUCAAGCUGCUUUGAACAAUAUUCACUCGUUCAAGCAAGAUCACGGGGAGAGUCUGCACGAAGCGUGGAAAAGAUACAAGGGCUACCAAAAAUCAUGCCCUCACCAUGGCCUCGACAAGAACUACCUGAUCAACACAUUCAUCAGAGGUCUACGGCCGGAUACCCGAACAUUGAUCCGAGCCGCCUGCGGAGGAAGUAUUUCUCACAUGUCCUUCACGGAUCUUGAACAACACAUUGAUCAAAUGGCGAGAGAAGAAGAUUCUCCAUUGGAGUCCGUAAGAGAUAUGCCCAGGAGAGAUAGCGAUUCUAAGUUGCAGCAGGUGCUAGACGAGCUCACCGCGCUAAAGACGAAACUCGCUAAUGCAAGCUUUGUCUCAUCCACUAGCACAUCAGGUGUGCAGCAAGGCGAACUUGCUUUGUACGCUGUUGACGAAGGGAUAGAAGAUGUGAAUUAUGUCGCCAACAACCCCUAUUCCAACACGUACAACCCAGGGUAUAGGAACCACCCGAAUCUCUCCUGGAGGAACAACAACGUCCUGAACCCUCCGCAAAAUAAUUAUCGGCCAGUGCAGAACCAGAACCAGCGGAUUCCACCAGGGUCGGAGGAUGCGAUCGAGAUGCUGGAACAUGUGGUCGGGAUAAGGGAGGAGAAGCUCGGGACGGCGAAUCCCGACGUGGAGGACGAGAAGAAGAGAUUGGCCGUGCUUUUGAAGGAAGCCGGCAGAAACAGAGGACGGAAGGCUAAAUCCCUCGAGACCCUUCUCGAUUCCAAUGCUAUUGUUCCCCUGAGGGAGGAAAUUUAA